AUGAGCAGCGAACCCCAGCGUGGAAGGUCACCGUCCGCCGGUGGCUUUCAGCCUGAUAUAAACCAAUCUCACUCGCCGGCACGGAGCCCGUUCGCACCCACAAGCGAGCAGCCAUCCGUUGGUCUUGGUCUUGGGAUCGGAGUCGACCUGGAUCCAUCGCAACAACAGCGACAACCUCCUCAGCAGCAGCAACAACAGCAACAGCAACAUCGAGCAUUUACAGCAUCUCUACAUCCCAACUUCGACUCAUUCAACGCAAACGGCUUCCUCGGUGCACAAGCCAACGCUGCCGACCCGAAUACCGGCUUUGACCCCAGCGCGAGCUUCGGACAGCAGCCGGCCACCGGCCCCGACUCCACCCUGUCUUUGAACGCCCAGGCGCAACAAAACUACCUCUCGCCAAACCUGCACGACGGUGAUUUCUCUCUCUUCCCAUCGGCCGCUGAGCAAGGCGAUCAGUACAACGCCCCCCUCUUUGAGCAGCCGCCCCUUGGCGACCUCAAUGCCAUGACCUCUCCGCAUUCGCAUCAGUCUCCGACCCCUCCACGGCUCUACCCGUCCGAAAGUCUCCAGUCGCCCCCCUUCAACCAACAUCAGUUCUCGUCGCCUCCGUCAACCCAUUCGAGGAAUGCUUCUUUAGGGCCUGAGGCCGCGCUUCUUCCCAAUCAGCUCGGCGACUGGACCCAACCGCAAUUCCAAGGCCAUAGGAGGACUCCCUCGGAAUACUCUGACGUCUCCUCCGUGGCUCCUUCUCCUCAUAUGAUUAGUUCCGAUACGUUUGACGCCGACCCAUCGGGCCACUCUCCUCUGCAGAGACCUGCGGACAGCCUCUACCAAGAAGUGCUCGGUAUUGGGUCUUUCAGCUUGGCUGACCCCAGCAGUCCUGGUUAUCACGGCCGAAGCCCCUCGCACAGCCCAGCCAUCAGCCCUCGCAUAAUGCCACAGCAGAUGCCGGAUACUAUGCAACCUUCUUUCAACUUGAUCCCGCCAAACUCCGGGUAUGAGAACGGCGGUAUGGGCGCCGAUAUGCACCAAAUGCAACCACCGGCCAUCAACAUUGACUUUGCGCCGACUACGAAUUCAAGACAAGGCAGUUUCGAACCGCCCAAGUCGCAGAUGGAUCAGGAUUCACUAACACCCCCAGAAAGAGGUCGACCCAAGUCUCGCCCGCGGGCGGUUACGGAUCCGUUCCAUCCCGGCAGCGGAAUCCUCCCCCCUGGCAAUUUGGGACCCUCUCUCGGAGUUGAUCUUGCAACCCGCUCCGAUACAUCGUCUCGAUCUUUAUCCCCUCUAGAUCGGCAAUCGGUCGGCUCGUCGGCCUCACGAAGGCGGCAAUCGACUUCCUCAGUGCCCAAUAACGUGAUCGCUUUGCGCCUGGCGGAUCCCGAAUAUCAGAAUAGCCAGGAUGCCGGGACUAGCAAGCGCAUGCAGAAACACCCGGCAACUUUCCAGUGUACUCUAUGUCCCAAACGCUUCACUCGAGCAUAUAAUCUGCGGUCUCACUUGCGCACUCAUACCGAUGAGCGACCAUUCGUUUGUACUGUCUGCGGCAAGGCAUUUGCUCGACAGCAUGACAGAAAGCGACACGAAAGUCUACAUUCCGGAGAGAAGAAAUUUGUUUGCAAGGGUGAUCUGAAAACCGGUGGCCAGUGGGGCUGUGGCCGACGAUUUGCACGAGCUGAUGCCUUGGGAAGACAUUUCCGUUCUGAAGCAGGAAGAAUAUGUAUCAAACCUCUCCUGGACGAGGAAAUGAUAGAAAGGCAACGCCAGUGGCAGGAGCAGCGGAUGCAGCAGAACAUGGCACAGAACAUGGCCAACCCGCAGGUUAUGGGCAUGGAUGCUGGCCCUGCUUAUCCCAUGGAUUCUAGUGGCAACUAUGGCCUCCCACAGGCCCUCUUGGCUCAAUAUCCCGCCCUGGCGCAGAUGAAUUGGUCGACCGACAUGGGAGGUGGGCUGGAUGACGAGCUCAGUGGUAGAUCCUCAUUCGAUGCCAGUGACUACGAUGACGGCGACGAUGGUGGAUACAUGAGUAGUUCUGGAGCCAGAUACCCAGAAGAGGGCAUGGGCCAGAAUUACGCCGACAUGAGUUAUACUGGAGAGUAUGGGCGCUGA